CUCUCUCUGAGUUUCCAUGUCAAUCUCUUGGGUUUUGCUCCUUCUACUCCAAGCAUGUACUCCGUUCUGGAGGGGGGAAAAGAAGCUCUGCGCUACGGGGUGAGGCGAUCUCUUUCUGGAUUGGAGUGCAGGUCAUGGGGCUGGGCUUUACCCUUUUCUGAUGAGCGUGCAUAUACUCCGUACAGUACAGGCUAUAUGGUAUUGGUGGUGGUCGUGGUGGUGGCGCUAGUGAGUGGGAUAUACUGGACUGUACGGCUAGUGCUCUGUACGAGUGAGAGCGAUGACUCUUGGGAGGGGAAGACUGGCUGGUUUAUCAUUUGCUUGAGUCAGUCACGUGGGGGCAUACUGUAGAUGAGACUGGAUUCCUAUGUACGGAGUACCGAGGUAAAUAUAUGGGUUAGUUCUAUCGGACAUCAAUG